CUUCGCACGCGCAAUCCCCUGAGCACGGAGCGAAUGGAAGAUCUCGUCGAUCGAGGAACGGCAGCAAGGGAGAUGGAACUAAAGUUGAUUCUCUCCAACACAGAUCUGAGGAAUAAAGAGCCCGCGUUUGGCUCCCUUCCUUUGCGUCCGGCAAACUCUCUCGUGUCCUUCUUUCAACCUCUUCCGCCCUCGUUUCCCCCGCUCUGCGUCAACAGCGAGAGCCCCCCCAAAAAAAUCUCCGCGCCACUGAAUUUUCAUCGUCGUCGUCUUCUUCUCCCAAUCAUCCUCGCUCCACAAAGCCAUGGCCUCCCCGUCCGAUCUGGCCGCUGCACAGUCGGAGAAUUUAUCCGGCCCAGCAGCGUCAUCGCCCCCGUCCGAUUUCACCAUCUUCACCUCCAUACGCUGUGAUCCCAUCCUGGAAACCAGCAGCGACAACGUCGGCUACUCCAGCCGCCGGAGAUGCAAGCUGUACUUCCCGGAGCUGCACCGCCAGCGUCUGCUCGAGGCCGCCGCCGCUUUCUGGCCCAAUGUCAAGUUCAAGGAGCUGGAAAGCACCGCCAGCUUCGAGACGGCCCUGCUCGACGAACUCGACGAGAAGGAGAGAAUGCACGAGACGUACAUUUGUCCAAUGAAGGUCAAAUACUCGUUUACAUCGACAGGCCGUACCCACGUCGAGCUGGCCCCAGUACCCGCCCUUCCCCUUGAGGCUCUCUUCCCCACCACCUUUCGCCUGCCGUCUCUGCACUCAACCUCCUCGAAGAAAUCCCGCUUCGGGGGGCCCUCCUUGUCCUCUCCAUACACCCCGUACCCCUCUAAUCCACCAUGCUCGCUCUCGCGUCGCGGAUCUGAUGACUACUUCUCCAUCCACUCCACCUCCACGUCGUCCACCGUGUCGUCUUCAGCGUCUUCCCGCUCCGGCUCCUCGUCGACUCACGGGCCCAGAACCACCCUUGCCUGCACGUAUGAGAUCUGGAUCGACAUCCAGCCCACCGAGCAGACUGCCCACACGCGCUUCAAGACCUCUUCGCGAGCUCAGUACGAUGCUGCUCGUGCCCGCGCCCUGCCCAAUCCGGAAGACGUCACCCAGGAGGUGCUGUUGUGGAACCCAUCCGGCUUCAUCACCGAAGGCUCCCUGCUGACGCCCUACUUCUACCGCAACAGGCGAUGGGUGACGCCGCCGGUUGUGGACCCGCAGUACGGAGGCGGCCAGGCCGGAACGUCGAGGCGAUGGGCACUCGAACAGGGCCUUUGCGAGGAGGCUGCCGUGGAGCGCAGGAGCAUUCGUGUUGGCGAAAGGGUGUGGGUCAGCAACGGCGUCCGCGGCUUUGGAUGGGGGAAGAUCCAGGGUAUGAAGCAGAGCGACGAGGAAAGCGAGAGGUCAUUUUAGGUGCUUGAGAGGAGGACGACCCAGACGAUGUUCGACGCGUUUACACACAUGCGCUUGCGUGCGUGUGAACGAUUUCACGACCGACCAAGACUUUUUGACGUACUUUGAAGUACCCAGCUGUUUCCGACUCAGCAAGGAUGACAAUCUUACGAUCAGCAUGACAUUUGAGUGAUUGGUAGUGCGACGUUUUGCUCCCUCGCCAACGCUGUUUCCUUCCUUCAUCGACAUAAACCGAUACAAUCGAGCUUUGGAGUCUCGCUGCGUGGUUAAAAAAAAGGCGAGUUUUGUGGUAGGUAAGCGUAGCACUCUUACAUGAUGCCGCACCAUUCUGUUGCAUUCUACCCAGAAACCAUACUGGCCAUGAAAUCUGCAUGGUUUGCUCGGAGUCCUACACAAGGGGGAAAAACUGCAUUAUAUCCGCUUGUAUGUAUACGUUUAUACUUUUUUUUUAUACGCCCAGGGGGCCGAACUUUUGCACACAGAUUCGAGCAACAUCAAUCAAAGAUAUUUACGCCGACAGAAUUGGCUUUAAGCGA